GAAAAAAGAAAUGGUAAAAGAAAAGUAACACUAGUGGACUCGUAACCAAAGUUGUGUUAUCCCAGUCUCCAUCUUCUACAUUAUCUCCCAACAUAAGGAUAACAAGAUAGAUAUAUCGCAGAACGCAGAACGCAGCGCGAGAGAGUGAGUAACAAUGUCCUUGCUCUGUGCUUCACCAUCCGUCUCCUUCCCUUCAUCUUCACUCACUUCUCACAAAAAUGCAACCGCUAAAUCUUCCUUUGUUGGUUCCCAAUUGCCUCUUCCAACCCUUUCAUUGUCAUCUUCUUCUUCAAUUCGUACUACCCAUUUCUCUUCAUCUUUCGUUGUCCGUUCUCAACAGGACACUUCCGUGGUAGAACAAGAUCCACGAUUCAUCUGUGUUGAACCUGAGCCCCGAUUUCAAGGCCCGGACAUUUGGAACACGACGUGGUAUCCAAAAGCUUCGGAUCAUGUCAACACAGCAAAAACAUGGUAUAUUGUUGAUGCUGAAGAUAAAAUUCUUGGAAGACUAGCAUCCACAAUUGCCAAUCACAUCCGAGGCAAAAAUCUAGUGACUUAUACACCUAGUGUGGACAUGGGUGCAUUUGUCAUUGUGAUAAAUGCCGAAAAGGUUGCUGUGAGUGGGAAGAAGAGGACACAAAAGCUUUAUCGAAGGCACUCAGGUCGACCUGGUGGUAUGACAGUCGAGACAUUUGAUCAGCUGCAGAAAAGAAUUCCUGAAAGAAUUGUUGAACAUGCUGUUCGUGGCAUGCUUCCAAAAGGCAGGCUUGGUAGGACACUAUUCACACGCCUGAAAGUUUAUAGCGGCCCAGAACAUCCACAUGAGGCGCAGCAGCCGAUUGAUUUGCCACUUCAGGAUAAGAGAAUACAGUUGCAGAGAUGAAAUCAAUGAUGUCGGAUAUGACAAAUGUUGAUCAUUCUUAUCUAUAUAACCGAACAUGGAGCUUCUUUUUGCAUUAGCUGCUACUUGAAUGAAUCAUUUGAUGUUUAUAUUGUCUUUAGGUGUAUGCAAUGUAUUGUCAAACUUUGUAAGGACUUCCCUUUUGUACCUUUGAAUGUGAAGAAGCCAUAUUACAUUUUUCUACAGAUGCUAUAGUGGGAGUAACAUCACCGUCUCAAAUUAUUAAUGGGAUUAUUUUUAUUACUA